CGUACGUACGUACGUACGUACGUACGUCCGCAGGUCACCAUUCAUCAUGGCAGAAGGUGGGACCGUUUCAGAAAGUGCAGCUGCGGCGGCUUCUCCGCCUUUGCCUGCAGUUUCAGGGCCGUGGCCAAAUGUAAAGGAUGUCUACGUCUUGGGAGAUGUAUUGGGGCAUGGUGCCACUGCCUUUGUACAGAAAGCGUACUGCACGCCACGGAAGGAACAGUGUGCUGUCAAAAGAAUCAACCUGGAAAAGUGUGACACAACCAUGGAAGAACUCACAAAAGAAAUCCAAUCCAUGGGCCAGUGCAAGCAUGAGAACAUCGUGAGUUACUACACGUCGUUUGUUGUCAAGGACGAGUUGUGGCUCGUCAUGAAACUUCUUGCAGCAGGUUCCGUUUUGGACAUCAUGAAACACAUCAAGAAGAGCUCCCCCGACAAGGUUUGUCGCUUGGACGAGGUCACGAUUGCAACGAUUCUGAGAGAAACGUUGAAAGGUCUUGAAUAUCUUCAUGAAAACGGGCAAAUUCACAGGGAUGUGAAAGCAGGUAACAUUCUUCUCAGUGACACGGGUGUCGUCCAACUUGCUGAUUUUGGCGUCAGUUCCUGGAUAGCUACCGGAGGUGAUAUGUCCAGAGAUAAAGUCCGUAACACAUUUGUUGGCACGCCUUGCUGGAUGGCACCUGAAGUCAUGGAGCAGGUGCGUGGCUACAAGUUCAAUGCUGACAUCUGGAGUUUUGGCAUCACGGCUAUUGAGCUGGCGACUGGUACCCCACCAUAUGCUAAGUACCCACCAAUGAAGGUUUUGAUGAUGACCCUUCAGAAUGACCCACCUUCCUUGGAAACGGCGAUGACCAACAAAGACGAUGUCAAAAAAUACAGCAAAGAGUUCCGCAGAAUGAUCUCCAAAUGUCUGCAGAAAGAUCCCGAUAAAAGGCCAUCUGCAACAGAGCUUCUGAAGAGUCAAUUCUUCAAGAAGGCAAGAGAAAGUGCGUAUCUCUGUGAGAAGUUGCUAGGAGGCGCUCCUACGUUGGAUGAUCGUGGCGAAAAGGUGACACGAGUGCCAGGAUCCAGCGGUCGCCUGCAUCGCACCACAGACGGAUGGGAAUGGUCAGAUGAUGAAAUGGAUGAGAACAGUGAAGAAGGACGCCGAGCGAGUGUUGGACGAUCGCCUCGUAUCGCCUUGGAUGUGAAGGCGCAGCUUGAUAAACAAAGGGCAGAGCUCUCCAAGCAUGGGAAAGAGAAGUCCACCGCAGAGCCAGCGGUUGUUAAAGCCAAGGAUGUAUCGCACCCAGUACCAGCAGUAGCAGCAGCAGCAGCAGCAGCAGCAGCAGCAGCAGCAGCAGCAGCAACAACAGCAGAAGGUGGUGCUGAACCAGGGCCAACACUGCACAUGGUCCUCAGGUUAAGGAAUGCAGAGCAAGAGUUGAAUGAUAUCCGCUUUGAUUACACCAUCAACAAAGAUAACGCUGAUAAUCUAGCACAUGAGCUGGUCACUGCUGGUCUAGUAGAUCUCAAAGAUCUAGUCGUAGUUGCAGCCAAUCUUCAGAAGACAGUAGAUAACCCUGAAAAUAAAAAUGUCCUGUUCAAAUUGAAUUCUGGGGCGAGUCCUGGAGAUGAGGAGCAUCUGAUAGGUUUUGCCAAGUUGACCAUCAGCUAGGAGCAACGAGUAGUCUCCUCUGUGUGUGAUGGCAUCGUGUUUCAAUUCUUACUUGGGCAGCCAAACCACUGACAAUACAGUUUGUAGUUGAGCAUUUUUUUUAUGUUACGAUGAUCAUAAGGGGAUUUAUUGACAAUCCAGGGUUGGUCGUUUUUUGUUUCUUAUUGUUUGCCUUUUUUUGGUUCAAACUUGGGCAUUGGACAAUUUGAAGGGGAACUAUAAUCAAUCCUCAGCCUUUUUUAUUAAGAUAUCGUCACUAUCAAAUAAUGAUGGUUAUUGUUGUAAAGAUGGAAUCGUGCCAACCCAAGCAUUGAACUCUAUACAUGUACAUCAACUUGCCGACAGUCAUGUGAUAUUAAGACACCACCUGUAAUCUUGUACAUAGAACUUAAUGAAAGUAAUUGAUUGUAAAGCAUAUAUCAUUGUAUUCAUUACGAAAACAAGGCAAUCAUGAUCCCAGAGUGCACAGUUCUGUUUGAAUGAUUUAGAACGGCUACGCACUGAAAGUCUUUAUGCAUCUUGUCUACACAAUGGCUGGAUUUAGCCCAUUCAUUGGUGUUACGUGGUAAUCCUUUAUGUCAGUCAAACGUUGUUGCUCUGUAUAGGAGGUCAUUUUGGGUGGUGAGCAGUGUUCCAAGUUCCUUAGGCUACUAGCCUACUUGUAUCGCUCUAAAUUGGCAGGAAAAUAUUGGAAACAAUAGAGCCUUUUGGGAACAUAGAUAAAAGUAACAGUUGUUCUUAUUGGGAAAAUAUGCUUGUAUUUGAUGCGCUUCCUAUAUAGCAAAAUGAUAUGCAGCUCACCAUGUUUAAUCAGUUGGUAUUGAAGGAUUGCUGUAAACUCACCAGUCGUUUGUGGAUGAAGGAAAGUAUUGAACUGUGUGAUAUGAUUGUACAUGUUGCUGAAAGUCACUGUUGAAAGCUUACUGGAUGUUUCUUGCAAGGGCAAAAUGUCUGGUAGAAAUAAUUCAAUUUAACCAGAUUCUAAUGAAUAAGUCCGAUUUGGCUAAUAUUGCACUCGGUUUGAUUUCGUUUUCCUUCUUUCAGAAACAUUCUCCAGCAAAAUAGUACACUCGUGUCGAGAUCGUUAAAACUCAAGACAAGUAUGCAAAGUUCGAACUAAAAAAUGUCAGAAAUGAUUUGUUGAGCUUAGGAAGGUUGUCAUUUUAAUGUGAAUAAUAACUGUUCUCUGUCUGAUGGGUAUUGGUCAUUAUGGUGCUUUGCAGAAAAUUGUACUUUUCAACAUGUUUUUGUUUUGGUUCCAAGUUUACUAUUCUUGUAGCCAUUUGUUAUGGGACUACUUGAAAACGGUUGGGAUUCUCAAACUAAACAAUUUUGAAUUUUCCUUUCUUUCUGGUGUUUUUUUUAUUAGGUCGGUAUGCUUAGGUCAGUAUUUAGUUGACAAUAGAACGAUCAAAUCUUUGCAUUUGAUAAUGUGGCAAAAGCAGUAUUCCCUUCUUUCUCAAUAUCACAAAUAAUGUGCUAAACGUUGCCACUUUAAGCUGAUCUUAUGAAUAUUCAGUGUUUGCACUGCGUAGUAAUCUCUAACGAAUUGGAAACUAUUAGAAUUGGUGUAUUGUAACUACUGUUGUUUAUAGCUGAAAAAAUGAAAUAUUGAUUUAUAGACAUGUUUAUGCAUUUUUACUUUUAAUAUCAACGAGGAUCGAAUCUGUUUUGUUUCUAGGCAAUGCGUUUUUGAAAGUAUGUUUAGAAAAAUAAAUAUUUGUCAAAUUUAUUUUAGAGUAAUACUUAUUUUGAAAUGCCGUUUAUUUAAUAAUAUCUUAUGAAGGAGAUUUAAUUGAAGGAGCAUACUUUGUAUUUUGCAACCUAUUGUCGAGAAGAAAUGUCGAAACGCAUCUGAUAUGACACCCUUUUUUUUAAUUGUGCGAUAUACCGCUGGGGUCUUUUUCAAUGGAAGUAUUAAAUUUUGAUUAUGAAGCCAUUUUGUUGGAAUUUUGCUCUGGAAACUGUUGAAAAGUUAAUAUGUUCUCAGGGAUGACCACUCAUUCAAAGUUACUGUCAAAAAGUCGGGCUUCUUUUCUCGAGUAAGAAUCGGACAUUUUAUUUGCAACAAGAUGCAUGAAAAACUUUUUAAAAAGGUUAAACGAGUGCCAGAUUUGGAGCAAGAAAUCAAGUUUUGUUGCCAGGUACAAGAUGAGAAAUUAAAAGUCAUCUGAAGAUUUAAAAUGAUAAAA